AUGUUUGGUACUCAAAGAUUUCCCAUCAUUUCGAUUGAAAACCAUAUGAUCACAUCCCCCCUCGAUCGAUAUUUCCCUGGCGUAUUGGAUACAAUUCAACAAGGGCGGCCAUCCAAGCGUUUUUAUGGAGGUUUCCAACAGCCUUGGACUUUGUGGAUGGCUCGGUGUCCUCGAUGUACGAAAUGGCAGGAGUUGAGAGCGUUUCGAUUCGAUGCGGGUGCCGGACCUGGGUUUCAGGCAUGGGAACCUGACAUGGGGCGGCUAACUUGGGACGGAGUAAUACUUACGCAAGAGAUCUUUGACAAGGCUUGCUGCAACGCAUGCUUUAUGGAACAGAAUGGACAGUCAGCACUGGCCGAGUAUCUUUGCCGGUGGUUCGUGUUCUUGGUGAAACAGCAGCCCGAAGAUGUACAAUCUGAGCUUCUUUCCGAAGCGAGUAGAUUCAUGACAAACUACGGCGCAAUAAUUCAUCCGACAGCGUUCCAGGAUUGGAACCAGACAUGCCUAGAGAUUGACUCUUCUCGAUCCCAGGGCGAGUCUCCAUGGCAUUUGUCUCCCCGUUCUCAACUCCUCUUCAAACACUGGUUCAGGAUCUUUGGGCUAGCCGCCGAUGCAUUCCCCGAUGACCCCAGAGGUCAAUUCCACAAGCAAAGAGUAUAG